AUGACGGCGGAGGAAAAGACAGUCGACAAGGGACAAGAAGACCCUGGCUUCUUUGAAAGAGAUGUUGGAAUGGGCGACGAUGUUCAAUCAUCUCUAGACGAUGCCGAGGACAUUCUGGCUCUUCAGGAUUUGGACCCUGCGCUCAAUGCGAAAAUGCACCUUGUCAAUAACGCGAUUGACGAGAUUGGUUGGACUAACUACCAUUGGAAACUAUUCGUCUUGAACGGUUUUGGAUACGCCGUCGAUUCUUUAGUUCUCUUGCUACAGAGUAACAUUGCAGGUCCAGCCUUCAAGGAGUUUGGCGAAGUCGGUUAUGCCAACGCCCAAACAAUUGCAACUUACGUCGGAAUGCUUCUAGGAGCCCUCUUUUGGGGCAUGAGCGCUGACAUCAUAGGCCGGCGUUGGGCAUUCAACAUAUCUCUCUUCAUCUCUUCUGUAGCGACUGUCGUCUCUGGUGCGGCUCCGAACUGGGCCUCCUUAGGAUUUUUCACUGCUAUGGUCGGAUUUGGUGCCGGCGGCAAUCUUAUCCUGGAUACCACCGUCUUUCUCGAGUACCUCCCUAGUAACAAGCAAUGGGCGUUGACUUUCUUGGCCUGCUGGUGGGGUAUCGGUCAAGCCGUCACUGGAUUCAUCUGCUGGGGCUUCUUGGUCCCGUCCCAGUGGAACUGCGAGUCAGCCGACAACUGCCCGAGGGACUCCAAUGAAGGUUGGCGAUAUGUCAUGUAUACUUCCGGUGCCCUCGUCUUCGCCAUGUCCAUCGCGCGUGUCACUGUCGUCCGGCUACAAGAAACCCCGAAAUACCGCCUAGGUACAGGAGAAGACGCUGAAUUGGUUGAGACGCUACAUUCAAUCGCAAAGAGGUAUAAUCGUAAGUGUACGCUGACUUUGGAAAAAUUGGAGGCUUGCGGGACGGUCCGGACCGCCCAUAGCGAGAACCGUUAUUCACUCUCCGAGAGCUUCGUACAUCUCUCCGGACUUUUCGCCACGAGGAAAAUCGGCCUCUCAACUAUACUCAUCUGGUUCUCCUGGACGCUGAUCGGAUUAGCCUACCCUCUUUUCUACGUCUUCCUUAACUCGUAUCUUGCUAGUCGCGGGGCGACUGCCGGUGUUGGCACUUUCGACACAUGGCGCAAUUAUACCCUCACCAACGUCUCUGGUAUAUUUGGACCAGUUUUAGCGGCGUGGAUGUGCAAUAUCAAAGUCCUCGGCCGAAAGUAUACUAUGGUAAUAGGCGCUCUAAUAACCAUGGUUUUCUUCUUUGCCUAUACUGCUGUCUCAACAUCGGCACAGAAUGUUGGAUUCAGUUGUGCUAUCGCAUUCUGUAUCAACAUCUACUACGGAACAUUAUACGCUUACACACCCGAAGUGCUUCCAAGCGCCCAUCGAGCUACAGGAAAUGGUAUUGCAGUUGGCUGCAAUCGCAUCAUGGGUAUUAUCUCCGCUGUAGUAGACAGUACUGCUAAUACUGGAUCCGUGGCCCCGAUCUAUAUCUGCGCAGCGCUGUUCUUGGCAAUGGCAAUUGUCAGUGCGGUCUUCCCCUUUGAGCCAUAUGGACGAAGGAGCUCGUAG